UAGAGUUCUAAAAUGUGCAGAUAUCUUAGGCCUGCUUAUCGUGUUGAUUCUCCAGGGAUCGACUCUCAACUAUUUUCUCAUCAAUCGCAUGGAGGGGAACGGGAAUGGAUGGUAUUUCUGGUUCCUAGCCGACUUCGCGGUUUUGAUCGUGAUGAUGACCGCGGUCUUUCUCGCUCGGAGACAUCAUGCACGGAGCAGGCUACAGGCUUCGGCAACAACUUCGACAACGGCACCAGCGGUGACGCAUGAGGAUCAGACGUAUAAAUGGGUCGGAUUGUUCCCAUUCAGCUACAUUUCAUGGUUCCUGUACUCUGCAUUGCUGAUCGCGAAGAUUGUGCUCUUGAUACAGAUGGACAUCGCAGUCAACAUUCCUAGUGAGGCCUGGUACGGCUCAACCUUUCUGACUUUGGUCAUCGGAUGCGCAGCCAUCGUUUUCACGCUCCUCGUCGACAGUCACCACGAAGCUCUCACGGAUUCUCCUCAGCAGGCUUACAUCACCUACGCGCUUUCUUAUUCGAGCCUGGAGAUAUUGGAUGCUGUCGCCUUCCUGAGUCUCCUGUUCCCGAACCAAUGCAAUCCGCAAUAUCGUUCCAAGCUUGAAGACCUCGUUCUAGGAUUGACAUGUGCUUCGUUGCUCUUGCCGACACUCGCUUUGUAUAAGUUGGCUCGCAGCGACUUCGGCAAGUCACCGAAAUCGCUGGGAAUGAAGCUGAUGUACCGGUUGGCUUAUCUUCUCAUCAUCAACACACCGUUCCUUGUGAUCCGGAUUUACCUGUGGACGUACUUCAACGAAGACGUUUCGGUGUUUCUCCUGAAAAAUGUCAUCCUCUCAUACGUCCACUUGCGCUCAUUCAUACCGGAGUGCCGUGAAUGGAUAAAUAACUUGCGGAAACUCAGGGAUAGUCUGCUCCAUGAGGAGAGAUCGUUCGACGGCUUGCCUAAUGGGGAAACAGCCAAGGAAUCGAGAGAAAAUACCACAAUAGAGCUGGAUGAGCAAGAAGUACAGAAGUCCCGAUAGGCGUCUAGAUAUCGCGAAUAUCGUUGUACAGUAGGUUCCUACCAGGAUUCGUCAUAUUCCAUAUAAAGCUCGCCGGAGAAGUGGUGGCGGAAUCGCCGGAGCUUUCAAAUUUCGCGUAGAAAAGGGUCUUUUAUAUUCCGAGAAGAGGUUUUAGAUUGAGCGAGAUAUCUUCUGGAUGAACUUUUGAGUAUCUGCGGACGUCAUCCCCGGACUUGUUCAAAAUGCAUCGACCUCGGAACAUCGAUUCAUCCUACUCGCGGAAUACUCAAGGAAUAAGAGGGCCGACAUUGAAGAGCCGUGAUGGUA